GGAAUCUUUUAAAACUUAUAUUCGACUAUCGAUAUCGCAAUCGAUUAUUUAAUUUUGGCCGAAUGCAACAGUGAUUUAUUGAAUUUUUUUAUAACACGGAAUUAUUUUAAAAGAUGGAUGCGGAAAAAACUCAAUUAACACGAUUGGAGGAUGUGAUUGAAAAAUAUUUGCCCCCAAAUGAACUUUUAAAAGUGAAGCGAAUUCUGUUUGGAGCCGAAACUCCAGUAUUAAACAUUGCCGAAAAAGUUUAUAAUCUUGCUCGUGAGCGUAAUUUCGAGCUUCGUGCUUUCCGUUUUCCAUGUCCAAAAGAACAAUUACGUCCCGCUCGUCUUGUUCGAGUCGGUGUAAUCCAGAAUAAAAUAUGUCGCCCUACAAGCGAUCCUAUUGUCGAGCAGCGACAAUCCUUGCAUAAUCGAAUUGGAGAAAUAUUGAAUGUUGCCAUGAUGUGUGGUGUGAAUGUUUGUUGCUUUCAAGAAUGUUGGACCAUGCCAUUUGCAUUCUGUACUCGAGAACGAAAACCAUGGUGUGAAUUUGCUGAAUGUGCUGAAAACGGACCUACUACACUAUUUCUAAAGAAUUUGGCAGCCAAAUACAACAUGGUCAUUGUUUCGCCCAUAUUGGAACGAGAACCAAAUAGUGAUGUCAUAUGGAACACUGCAGUUGUUAUUUCGAAUCAUGGACAGGUUUUAGGCAAAACCAGAAAAAAUCACAUUCCACGUGUUGGAGAUUUUAACGAGUCCACUUAUUACAUGGAGUCGACAAUAGGACAUCCAGUAUUCGAAACUGAAUUUGGAAACAUUGCCGUAAACAUUUGUUAUGGGCGACAUCAUCCACAAAAUUGGAUGGCAUAUGGCUUAAAUGGAGCUGAAAUGGUAUUCAAUCCUUCUGCUACAGUUGGUGAGCUUUCUGAACCAUUAUGGUCGAUUGAAGCUCGCAACGCUGCCAUUGCAAAUUCCUAUUAUACAUUUGCUAUAAACCGUGUUGGAACAGAAGUGUUCCCUAACGAAUUCACUUCCGGUGAUGGUCAAAAAGCUCAUCGUGAUUUUGGGCAUUUUUAUGGCUCAAGCUAUGCAGCUGCACCAGACGGUUCUCGUACACCAGGAUUAUCGCGAAUACACGAUGGUUUAUUAGUGGUUGAAUUAGAUCUUAAUCUUGGUCGUCAAGUCAAAGAUCAUUGGGGAUUUAGAAUGACCCAACGUUUGGAUAUUUAUGGAAAAUUAUUUACUGAAGUAUCUAAACCAUAUUACGAACCACAAAUCGUACGAAACUUCGAGGAGAAAAAAUCCAAAAGCAAGCAAUAGUUUAAUUAUCAUAUUCAAUUAUUGUUUAUCAUUAUGAAUUUAAAUAAAUUUAUAAAUGUUUUUUUUUCAAAAUCAAAA